AUGCUCUAUAUCUACACAGUACUACUAGCUGUCUUGUGUCUCUACUCCCUAUCAUGGACAUAUAGCUCCGCACUCAAGACCAUAACAACCUCUUUGGAGCUAGAUGCCAUUAAAGCAUCGAAUACUGUCCAUUUGUUGCUGGUUUUUGCUAAAAAAGACGAGAUGAAGGAGAAAAGUUUGGAUGAGCUAGUACUCACUGCAUAUCCAUUACUAUUGGAUAUUGAGAAAGAUCUUGAUGGUUUUGUGACGUUUAAUGUCAUGGACAUUGCAUCCGACCCUAAAGGUUUAAUUCGAAACCAAUGGCAAUUCAAGAAACUUCCUGGACUCGUCCUGUACAAAGAUCUACCCAAGAAGAAUCCCUAUACUGGUAAAUUAUACAGAGAUGCAAUAGUACUAGAUGUGACUAUGCUUGAGAACCCUCGGAAGCUUAAAAGGACAUUGAAUCAAGCGAUUCCAAUGGAAUUUGUACAAGAACUUGAAGGUGAAGCAUUAGUAUUGAGUAACUUUGAGACGUUGGUGCAACAGAAGAGAGAGAAUGAAGAAACGGUGGUCUUGUUGAUCUCGACGGAGAAACAUGCAACGCCAAUGUAUCGAGCUUUAGCUGCUGAGUUUAGUGAUCAAGGACUGAGUUUUGUGUUUGUGAACCAAGACAAAGAAGGAGCAAAAGAGAUUAUGGAAAAGUUAGAUGUGGAAGAACUAUCGGCUGUGGUAGUGGUGAAAUCUAUGACGGACCGUGUUGUGUUGAAGGAGGAGAACUCGAAGCUGUAUAUUGACUUAAAGGGUUUUGUCGAGCCUUUUGCAAAGCAGAAAAGUAAGGAAGGUAAGGCUGGAGUGAAGAGGAACAAGGAAGGAAAAAAAGCCUCCAAGUAUAUCAAGUUCCUUACCGAAAAGGAUUUCAAUGACUUGGUGAUGCAAUCAGACGUGGUUUGGAUCAUUGAGUUUAUGGAUCUGGAACGUGAGCUAGCUGUGGUGGAAGAAGAUUGGAAGAAAGCUUUGAUGGAGUUGCAUCGCAAAACAGGGGUGGUGGCCAUGGGCGCAGUCAGUUGCGAGAAGGAAGCAGAACUGUGUGAGCGUUAUGGUGGGCCUGGUAUUCGUAUCUUUCCGCUUGGCGUUACAGAUGCCAAUACACUCAAGCGCGAAAGUGUUCUUGCGAAAACAUUUACCUCAUUUGAUGAGGCAAAGAUGGCCGCUAUUGAAACCAUUCCCGACCUCACUGUCACGAUCGCGUCUUCAUCUGAUCUGAAUUCAUUCAUUUCCCACGCUCGAAACAAUCACGCAUUGCCUACUUUGUUUUUUACAACCAAGAAUAUUACGCCUCCAUCGAUAAAGGCUCUUCUGCUGUCAGCCCCGACACACAAAGUCAUGUUAGCAGUUAUUCGGGACGCUGACGAAGAUAUGAAAAGGCAAUUUUUAGUGAAAUCGUCUGCGAGCACUGCACUGGUGUGUCUGGUGCCAACUCAAGAUUCUUCGGAAAACGCAACCUCGCAAGAAUUUGGUCUGGUUGUGUACAAUAAGAACACAAUGGGUCCGUACAACGUUCCGAAUAUGAUGCGGUUUAUGCUGCAAGUGCUUGCUCAGUAUCCACACCCCCAAGAUGUCAAGUCAGAGAGUGAUGAGGUUAAUUUUUCGUCGCUCGACGAAGUAUCUGCGCAAGCGCUUGUUCCGUACAUGACCAAGCAAAACAUCGCUGCUAUUUGUGGUGGCAACAAGAUUUGUGCGAUUGGAUUCUUCGAGGACCAUGUGGAUACGCUAAAAGAUCCGGACUCGCGGCUCACAAAGUGGUGGACGACAUUGGUACAUGUAGCUGCUCAGAGCAAGCAGAACAAAGAACCAUUCGAUUUCGUGUGGGUGAAUGGAAAAUGUCAAAAAGAUUUUGCUGAGGCGUUUGGCGUUGGCCACUUUCAGAUGCCAACAGUGGCAGUGUAUUCUCCGUCAAAGCAGCGCUUUGCAACGAACGUGGGAGUUUAUGACGUGCAGAGCGCGUCUGCGUUUCUGAAAAGCGUGCUGUCUGGUAGUAUCAGCACUGCUCCGAUUGGAAACGUCCCCGAGUUGGUUGAAGAAUGCUCAUUCGAUGAGAUUUAUGAUGUAGCAGUAGGAACGGACGAUGGUGUGGAGAAUAACGAAGAUCUUGAUGAUAUGCUGAGCGAGAUUCUUUCCGAUGAAAAGCAGCAGCGCGAUGAGCUGGAAAAGGAACUCAAGUCGGAACUGAAGAAGGACAAGAAGAAGGGCAAGACGAAGGGCAAGAAGAAGAAGAACAAAGCAAAGAAGAAGAAAGCGAAGAAGAAAAAGGCAGCACGUGACGAGCUGUAA